AUGCUGGUGCACGCUUACUCCGCCAUGGAGCGCCCCGACGGGCUGGGCGCAGCGGCCGGCGGGGCCCGCCUGUCGUCCCUGCCCCAGGCGGCCUAUGGGCCGGCAGCACCUCUCUGCCACACGCCGGCCGCCGCUGCCGCCGCCGACUUCCAGCCCCCCUACUUCCCGCCGCCCUACCCGCAGCCGCCGCUGCCCUAUGGCCAGGCGCCCGACGCCGCUGCCGCCUUUCCCCACCUGGCUGGGGACCCGUACGGCGGCCUGGCGCCCUUGGCGCAGCCGCAGCCUCCGCAGGCCGCGUGGGCCGCGCCCCGCGCCGCCGCCCGCACCCACGACGAGCCGCCCAGUCUGCUGGCACCGCCCGCCCGCGCCCUGGGCCUUGACCCGCGCCGUGACUACGCCGCCGCCGUGCCCCGGCUCCUGCACGGCCUGGCCGACGGCGCACACGGCCUGGCAGAUGCCCCCCUCGGCCUUCCCGGGCUGGCGGCGCCGGGCCUGGAGGACCUGCAGGCCAUGGAUGAACCGGGAAUGAGCCUCCUGGACCAGUCCGUGAUCAAGAAAGUGCCCGUCCCCUCCAAAGCCAGCAGCCUCUCGGCCCUGGUGGUGGCUAAAGACAGCCUGGUUGGUGGCAUCACGAACCCCGGUGAGGUCUUCUGCUCCGUGCCUGGCCGGCUCUCACUGCUCAGUUCGACGUCCAAGUACAAGGUGACGGUGGGGGAGGUGCAGCGGCGACUCUCACCUCCAGAGUGCCUCAAUGCCUCCCUCCUGGGGGGCGUCCUCCGCAGGGCCAAGUCCAAAAAUGGGGGCCGGUGCCUGCGGGAACGGCUGGAGAAGAUCGGGCUCAACCUGCCAGCUGGCCGACGCAAGGCCGCCAAUGUGACGCUGCUGACUUCCCUGGUGGAGGGAGAGGCCGUACACCUGGCCCGAGACUUCGGUUACGUCUGUGAGACGGAGUUCCCAGCCAAAGCAGCCGCCGAGUACCUGUGCCGACAGCAUGCUGACCCUGGAGAACUGCACAGCCGAAAGAGCAUGCUGCUGGCCGCCAAGCAGAUCUGCAAGGAAUUUGCGGACUUGAUGGCUCAGGACCGCUCGCCACUGGGCAACAGCCGCCCGGCACUCAUCCUGGAGCCUGGAGUGCAGAGUUGCCUGACACACUUUAGCCUCAUCACCCAUGGUUUUGGCGGGCCUGCCAUCUGUGCCGCCCUCACUGCCUUCCAGAACUACCUGCUGGAGUCACUCAAAGGGCUGGACAAGAUGUUUCUAAGCAGUGCGGGCAGUGGGCAUGGCGACACCAAGGCUUCGGAGAAGGAUGCCAAGCAUCGGAAAUAA